GGGUUAUAUAUUUCCCAUCCCCUCUAACCUCUGGAGGAAAGUGGAGGGCUUCUGGGUCAGCAAUUACCUUGUAGGAAGAUUGUGAAGGUGUCUGGAAAAACAAUGAUUGCUCCAUUUGGCGGUGACUCCGAGUUUGCUCUAGGAGAUCUUCCAUAUCUAUAUAUAUGUUGAUCACUACUUUCUAUCCAUUGACUUUUGCUUGUUGAGUAUUUUCGUUUUCAUACAGAGGAGAGAAGUCAUGGCCGAAAGUAAUCAUCAAGCUGGUGGUCCAGAUACCUCAGUCCAUACCGCAACAGAAAACACACCACUCCUGUUUCCAUCCAGAAAUGAUACACCCGCGAUUGAGGAAAUCUUGGUGGACAAUGAUGGUGAUUCAACCGGAACGGAUGUCGAUCCCAAUGAGUUCGACCUGAUGUUAUCGAGAACUACAUCAUUUACCGCCAUCGGAAUCGAAACCAAUGCUCAAGAAUCAUCCAUGCUUCGAAGUUCUCGAAUUCAUCAUCACCACACCAAACGAGGAUCUCGAAACUCGAGUCGUGUAAGCACGAGAAGGAAAUCCAUCUCGGGUUCCAUUAGGAGUAUACGCGAAACCAUCGAGGACGAUGAUGAGGAACCCAAAUCCCCGUUUCUAGGCGGUGUUGGAGUGAAGCGAUUUUGGCUCAUUUUCGGAGGUGUUCUGUUAACAUAUACAUUAUCUUCGUUUGAUUCUACAAUCAUGGUUUCGAGUCAUCCUGUUAUCACUUCGUAUUUUCAUGCUUCUAAUAGUGCAUCAUGGUUAUCCACAGCCUUUCUCCUCACAUCCACAAGUUUCCAACCUAUUUUUGGACGUCUUUCCGAUGCUAUGGGGAGAAAACCUCCUUAUAUUUUUUCAAUGAUUUUGUUUCUAGUAUCAACGAUUUGGUGUGCCCUUGCUCAAAGUAUGACUAGUUUCAUUAUUGCCAGAGCAGUCUGUGGAUUGGGGGCAGGUGGUGUUAUGUCCAUGGGAUCUAUUAUCACAAGUGAUCUCAUACCCAUUGAGAUUCGAGGAGCGUAUCAAUCAUAUCUGAAUAUUGUUUUUGGGGUUGGAGCAGCUUCGGGUGCGGCACUAGGUGGUGCUAUCGCGGAUCAUCUUGGAUGGAGGUGGGAAUUUGGUGUUCAGGUUCCAGGGUUGAUUCUUUGCUUGAUUGUUUCGUGUUUUGUUAUACCGAAUGAUUUGGGUUUGAAUAGGGGAAAGAAAACAUUAAAGGAGGCUCUAAGUGUCUUUGACUAUAAGGGCUCGUUGUUACUAAUGGCCACUAUUACUUUCUUCAUACUCGCAAUUAAUCUUGGCGGCAAUAUCUAUCCCUGGACACACCCUCUAAUCCUCACCUGUAUCAUUCUCACUGUCAUUGGGCUUCCUCUAUUCAUCAUAACCGAACACUACGCUCCCCAGCCCGUCAUGCCCCUUUCCCUCAUAAUCAACAAUCCCCGCGGUUCCCUCAUAAUCGGCAACGCACUCGGUGCCAUCGUAAUCAACGCAGUCCUCUUCAACAUCCCCCUUUUCUUCCAAGCCGUCCUCCUCGAAUCCCCCACCGCAUCCGGUCUCCGUCUCAUAAUUCCCUCCAUCGCCGCUAGCGCAAUCGGUACCCUAACCGGUUUCCUCAUUACCUGGACUCGUAACCUUAAAACCCCCUUGGUUCUCGGUGUAUCGCUUUACGUUAUUGGAACCAUUGGGUUAGUCGCUAUGAAUCGCUCGUUGCCAAAUUGGGUAUACGUAUUACUAUUGAUCCCAUCGAGUAUGGGUCAAGGAUUUCAAAUGCCGGGAAGUUUCAUGAGUGUUUUGGCCGUUAGUGAACAAGGAGAACAAGCGGUUGUCACGACGACAUUGGUUCUGUGGAGGAGCAUGGGACAGGUUUUGGGGGUGGCGGUCAGUUCAUUGAUUGUGCAGAAUUCGCUGGUGGGAUUUCUGAAUGUGAAUGUUGUCGGUCCGGAUAAGGAGAAGGUCAUCGAAGCGGUCCGCUCCUCAGUCCAAGCAGUAGCAGGGCUAGAACCCCACUACAGAGAUCAGGUAAUCGAUUCCUACGCGGAAGCACUCAGAGCCGCGUAUGUAUUUGCGUUGGCGGUUAGUAUUUUGUCUUUUGGUAUAACGAUAGGAAUUAAAUUACCUAAACUUGGGUUUAGAAAGUAAGGAGAAGAGAGUGAGGAAGAGAAAUCCUGGGAAGAGGUAGAAGAAGAAAAUGAUGUUAUUUUAUAAUAUGGUAUAGAUAGGGGGAGUGAGUGAAUAUGGAUCUGGAUCUGGAUCUGGAUCUGGAUAUGAAUAAAAUUGCGUGUUUGGAUACAAACUUGCUACGAUGUGAUUUAUUUUGGCGAUUGGGAAGCAAGGGAAAGGAAAGGAAAGGAAAAGUUUGGGAUGUGGUUGUGAUUUUCUUUUUGGGAGGAUGAGUUAUGAAUGAAUGAAUCAAUAAAUGAAGAAUAAGAAAUGAAUCAGCUCGUUAAUUGAAUACAUCUUAUGUUAUAACAAUAUCGCAGAGAGUA